CGGAGCAACUCUCUAAGCUUGCGGAAGCCGCUCAGCGGUCCGGGGCACCGGGAUGGUGCGUUUGUACAACCUGCACCCGUUUGGGUCGCAGCAGGUUGUCCCCUGCCAGCGGGAGCCCGAGCAGUUCUGCUGCGGCGGGAGCGACGCGCUGUUCGUGGCUUCCGGCUGCAAGGUGGAGGCGUUUGCUGUUCAGGGCGCAGAGCUAAGCCGGCAGCGAUGCACCUUCUCCACGCUAGGCAGGGUUCUGCGCAUGGCCUACAGCGAAGCCGGAGACUAUCUGGUAGCAAUUGAAGAGAAAAACAAAACUGUAUUCCUGCGUGCUUACGUGAAUUGGAGGAGUAAGAGGAAUGACAACUCUCGUGUGUGCAUUCGAAUGGUUGGGCACAAAAUGGAGGCAUCCUUCUGUGAAAGCUUUAGAGACCAGAUGUCUAUAAUUGAAAUGCCAAUGUCCGAGGCCCCUUUGUGCAUUUCAUGUUGUCCUGUGAAAGGAGAUCUACUUGUUGGAUGUACAAAGAAGUUAGUCUUAUUUACUUUGAAGUAUGAUGUCGUUAAUGAGGAAUUCUCAAUGUUGAACUUUGAACGUUCAUUAAUUAUACACAUAAAUAAUAUCACUCCUGUUGAAAUCUCUUUUUGUGUUGGAUAUGUUGCUGUCAUGGCUGAUUUAGAAGUCUUACUCCUAAAACUGGAGUCAGACCCUAUACAUGGAGAGGGAGUUAACCACCACCCACAAGAAAGCAUCAACCCAUUGGAACAGACAGAAGAUGUCAGUAAUGAAACUUCACAGCUUGAGUCAGAGGAUUUUGUUAUCUGCCUAAAACCUUUGGAACUUUUUGGUGAAAAAUGUAAACAGUCUGGAAUAUCUGUUAAGCUGGAGUCCACAGGAUUAGAAGAUGAAAAAGUAAAAUAUUUACAUGUUCAGCAUCUGCUGUAUAGACGGUUUGCUCCAGAUAUUUCAUUCUAUGGUUUGUCUGAUAACAUCAAGUUACAUUCCCUUCAACUGCUGCCCAUUCACCAAACUGGUUUUCAUCCUGAUGAAAAAGAUUUGUCUCAGAAAAAAGAGGUGCCAAGUCUCUUCUGUUUCUUCUCAUUACCCCAUGCGGGCUACCUGUACAUGGUGGUGAAGUCUGUUACGUUACUGUCAGUCUAUUGGUAUCCUGAGAAGUCUCAGCAAGCCGUGCUCACACCACAAUUCUUGCAUGUCAUCACAAGCCAAAGCCUGCAGUGUUUCACGGUACGAUGCAGCGCAGCGGUGGCUCAUGAGGAGGACCUAUACAUGGACACUACACUAAAGGCCUGCCCACCUGUCAGUAUGGAUGUCUGUGCUCUAAGGAUACAGCUCUUCAUAGGUUUGAAAGCCAUCUGUCACUUUAAAAACCACAUCAUACUUCUGACGAAGGCAGAGCCUGAGGACAUCCCAGAGAGACGCGAGUCACCCAAGAGACUUCUUUCUAGAAAAGAUGCCAGUGUUAAGAGCAGGAUCCCUCACGUAGCUGAGGCUGGAUGGAAUCUGUAUAUCGUGAAUACCACUGCACCAGUUCAGCUAUACAAAGAAAUGGUAGACUAUAGUAACAGCUACAAGACUGUGAAAACCGAGAGCUGUCUCCACUUGCUCAGCGAGGCUCAUCUGCUAGUGAGAGCUGCCCUGAUGGAUGUCAGUCAGCUAGAGCCUGCAGAGAAAGCAGAGCUCCUGGAAGCUUUCAAAGAAAGCUGCGGGCACCUUGGAGACUGUUACAGCAGGCUUAACACUGAGCAAGCCCAUCUCGCCUUGCCAUACUAUAAGAUGUCUGGUUUGUCUCUGGCUGAAGUCUUGGCUCGUGUGGAAUGGACAGAAGGGAAUGAAUCACAGAAAUAUGAGAGAGGAUUAAUAUUUUAUAUUAAUCAUUCUCUUUAUGAGAACCUGGAUGAAGAAUUAAGUGAAGAAUUAGCUGGAAAAGUGGCUCAGAUAUUUCAUGUGGCUGAGCCGAAGCAACUGCCUCAUGUUCUCUCCAGUCCGUCUAUGAAGAAUAUUGAUCCUUUAAUUGCCUUGCAUUACUUAAGGAAGCUGGACACCUGUGGGGCUUCACCAGUCUUAGUGACCUUGACCAAGGCUGCAGUGGCCUUGAAAAUGGGAAAUCUUGACAUGUACAGGAAUGAAAUGAAAAGCCAUUCAGAGAUGCAGCUGGUGUAUGGCUUCAUUCUGGAACCUCGGCUGUUAAUUCAACAGUGGAAAGGACAGAUUGUUCCUACGGAACUUGCAAUUGACUUGAAGGAAACUCAGCCUGGAUUGCUUGUGGCUUCAGUCCUGGGCUUACAGAAGAAUGGUAAAAUUGGAAUCGAAGAAGCAGAUUCUUUCUUUAAGGUGCUGUGUGGAAAGGAUGAAGACAUGGUUCCGCAGCUUUUGGUAGACUUCUGGGAAGCUCAGCUCGUAGCUUGUCUCCCAGAUGUGGUUCUUGAGGAACUCUUUUUCAAGCUCAUAUCUCAGUACGUCUGGAGGUUAUCUAAGAGGCAUUGUCCUGAUACCUUACCAUUGAGAACAGCAGAGGAUUUGAUAAACGCCUGCAGUCAUUAUGGCCUAGUAUAUCCAUGGGUUCAUGUCUUAAUGACGUCUGAUUCCUUAGCUGAUAAAAAUUACACAGAAGACCUUUUGAAACUACAGUCUCUCAUAUGUAGCCCUUCAUUGGACAUAGUUUCCGUUAUUCCAUAUCUGGAGCCACUCUCAGAAGACACUGUUGCUGGCCUCAGCGCUCAAGUUCUAUGUCAUACACGCUUACAAGAGUAUGAAAAGUGCAUAGACACAUUGCUAGAGAGAUGCCCAGAGGCGGUCAUUGCAUAUGCUAACCGGGAACUGAAGGAAGAGCACUGGAUUCUGUGGUGGAAAAAGCUACUGCCUGAACUCUGUCACAGAGUCAAGUGUGGCGGAGACAGAUACCACCUUCACCUGUCAUUGCUAAAAGAAACCUUGUCGGUUGUUGCUGUGGGACUGGACCUGAGGGAUUUCUUGAAUGUUCUCCCAGAAGAUGGGGUGGCAGCAUUUUUUCUGCCCUACCUCCUUUUCUGCAGCCGGAAGAAAUCACUAACUUGAUGGUAUCCUUUGCAGCACAGUGGCAUAAGUGACUGCGCGUUAAAUGCUUGGUCUCAGAUACAGUAAACUCAAAGGGUUUGUGUUUACAUGUAUUGUAGCUGCUGUAAGGGUGCUUACCUUACCAUGUAAUUGUAGCCCUUGGCUUAAUAUAUAACCUGAAUGGAUUUACUUGUCUAGAAUGUAAAAACCUUCAAAAUGUAAGAUCUCUUCACAUGUAUUUAUUUCCUUUGGUUUUUAUUUUUUUACGCUGUAUUCUGUGUGAGCCUAGAACUAUGAACCUUGUGCUGACCUCAAUCUAUGCAAACCUCCCAAGCAUUAUAGGUGUGAAGAGCCAUGAAUGUAUUUUCAAAACCAGGCACAGGCUUCUGUUGUGAGACAUAGCAUGGACUCGGUGCUGAAGGCAUAACAAUCAUGUCCACCCAAGCCACUGGAAGGAAAUGCAUUGCAAGUAUCCUCAAAUGCCCCCUUACUCGACAAACAAUAUCUCGAUUGUUACAGAUUUUUCUUCUGGGUUACUAUUUUGUAUUUUUAUGUAAGUAUGAGAAAGAUGUAAUGUUUUACUCCAGUGAAUACUUGGCGUGUGAGCUACUUUUGAAACUCAUAGUGUCCUUCUCUCAGAAUCAGAUAAAUGGACUGUUGUCUGGCUGUUAACACUUGUUUAGGUUACAUAUUUUCAGCCAGAGUCUUAUUUCUAUUUUUUAUGUGUAUAUACUCCUAUUAUUUCAACCCACAAUAUACAAAAAAAUAAAAAAUUAUCAUGAUGUUCAUAUCUGUCUUUUUAGUAACUAACUUCCUUGCUUAUUUGUUUGGUUAAUUUGUUUUAUUUUAAAGG